AUGGUGGAUUGGUUUGCUAACAUGAGCAAAUUGACGGAUACCGGAGGUUUUGAGAUGUGUAUGACUGUUUGUUGGGCUAUUUGGUUCUAUCGCAACCGCUUUUUAUUUGAAGACAAAGAGGUGGACGCUCUUACUACUAUCUCACUCGCGCAAAAAUUUAUGAACCAGCUUCGACAACCCUCUGCUCGAGUUUUGUCAAAUCAGGCUCUAAGAGUAACGUCCGAUAGUCGAUGGUUGUUGCCUAGUACGGGCGUCAUUAAAAUUAAUUUUGAUGCAGCCGUUAAUGCCAAUGAUGGAUUAGUUGGUGUGGGGAUCAUUGCUCGAGACCAUUGUGGUGGUUGUGUGGGUUGGAUGUCGAUUUGCAUUCAUCAGCCUCUAGAUCCUACUUCAGCAGAAGCAAAAGCAGCUUUGCUGGCGGUUGAAUUGGCUCGGGACAAAGCCUGGCGGAAAGUGGUUAUUGAAGGCGAUUCUACAGUGGUCAUCAAGGCGAUUGAAGGCAAGGACGAUGAUCGAUCGCUGUAUGGAAAUCUUAUUGCGGAUAUUCAUGCUAUUAUACCAUGUUUCGAGGUUUUCUCUGCUCUCCAUAUACGUCGGAAUGGGAAUGGUGCUGCUCAUGCUUAG